AAAUGUUGGAGGUAAUAUUCGAGAUGGCAUCAGCUAUGUGGGAGGCUCGGUCAUGUCAAAACCUAGAGAGUUUGCUCAUCUAAUCAAAAACAAAUUCGGGAGCGCUGACAAUAUCAGUCAACUUUCAACGUGGUACAUAGGGCCUGGAGCUACUACUACCGGAUCGGAGGGCAGCGGCGCGGCGAACGGGGGCAGCGAAAAGGGCGACAAGAUCCACCACGGCGGCUCUGCGACGUUGCCGGCUACUUUACACACGACCACUUCGCAGUCCUCCGUCAGGCAGGGACAUCACGUUGCGAAGUUUCCCAGCGAAGAAGGGAGUGAGUGUAGCAGCGUAACCAGUGACAGUAUUGGAAGGUACGCAAGAGCACAAGAAACUUGUCAACAUGACAAAUUCUUAGAUGUAAAUAAGAAAAUUAGGCUAGUGCAAGAUCAAUUAGAUAAUUUUAGGGAAAGCUUCGAUUUAGUAAAAUCUCUGCAAACAGAGAUUCAUGAUUUAACUUCUUCGUUACAGGAAGAAAGGUUUAGAACUGAACGAUUGGAGGAGCAAAUUAAUGACCUAACUGAACUUCAUCAAAACGAGGUAGAAAAUCUAAAACAAGCCAUGGCAGAUAUGGAAGAGAAAGUACAAUAUCAAAGUGAAGAGCGACUCAGAGAUAUUCACGAAAUGUUGGAACACUGUCAGACAAAGCUUAGUAGGAAUUUAGGUUAA